AUGGCUCUCCGAACUUACGGCGAUAAGCCGAUAAGUUUUCAAAUAGAGGAAGGAGGCGACUUUUAUUGUGUUGGAUCAGAGGUUGGAAAUUACCUUCGGCUAUUCCGAGGGUCUCUCUACAAAAAGUAUCCUGGCAUGGCCAGGAGAACUCUGACAAAUGAUGAAAGAAAGAGAUUGGUUGAUAAUGGAUUGGGGCCUCACGUUCUCUCAAGCUCUGUAUCACUACUGAGAGCAUCUGAAGUUGAAGAUAUUAUAGAAGGAAACGAUGAAAAGUACAAAGCAGUGUCUGUUAGCCAAGAAAUGGCUACACCAAGAGAAGGGAAAGGCAAAAAGCCGCAUAAUCCAUCAUGGCUUCCUGUGAUGCCAAACUCGUCACAUUUGGAUGCAGUGCCCCAAGCAACACCUAUAAGUAGGACAAGAGUUCAUAACAAGAAGGUUCGCACAUUCCCAUUGUGUUUUGAUGACACUGAUAUGACUGCAAUGCUGGAAAAUGCCUCACAAAAACAAAUUCUAGUACCUAUUAGAUUGGACAUGGAGAUUGAAGGACAGAAACUCAGAGACACUUUUACUUGGAACAAAAAUGAAUCAAUUAUAACUCCAGAGCAAUUUGCUGAAGUAUUGUGUGAUGACCUAGAACUGAACACGAGUACUUUUAUACCAGCCAUUGCUACUUCUAUUAAGCAGCAAAUUGAAGCAUUUCCAAGUGAGCCUCCAGCCAUACUAGAAGAGGCGACUGACCAGAGAGUUAUCAUAAAACUGAAUAUACAUGUUGGAAAUACAUCUCUUGUAGACACAGUGGAAUGGGAUAUGUCAGAAAAGGAGAACAAUCCUGAACAGUUUGCAAUGAAGCUUUGUGCAGAACUGGGUCUGGGUGGUGAAUUUGUGACAGGUAUUGCGUACAGUGUCCGGGGUCAACUGGGCUGGCAUCAACGUACAUAUGGUUUUAAUGAAGCUUUGCCAACUGUUGAGACACCGUACCGGCAGCCAUCUGAAGCAGAAAUAUGGGCUCCGCACUUGGAGACUCUUACCAACGCCGAAAUGGAGAAGAAGAUACGUGACCAGGAUAGAAAUACACGACGCAUGAGACGACUUGCCAAUACUACGCCCGAUGUCUCGCUGAGCCGCGCUGUAAAUCGACUCAUUCGCGCCGACGAAGCCUUAUUCCAGACGACUCCAGAGAAACGCAGAAAGAAGAUAUAA